AUGACAAGCUCGUCCACACCGUCUACUGAAUCACUGGAGUCUGCUGUUUCUGGGGUGAAAGACUAUCCACGAGAACCUGGAUGUCCUUGGAAAUCCACGAGAACUCGUGAAGAUCUCAAGCCCCAAGAGAGAGGUAAGAGAGCUUGCAGCCCGAGACAAUCGUCCAGCAGAUCUAACUUUGCGAAGCGGAAGGCAGUUGACCUUGAGAACGCUACAAACGCGGUUGAGCCCGAGAUGCGAUCUGACCUCUAUAUGCCUCGAAAUCUUUCACGCACCGCAACUCAUGGCCGAGUGGAGAAACCUCACCCACGCAAGCGGUCACGAACUGCCAGUACAUUCUGCGACAAUGCGUUUGGAAGUGGAACACAAGUCUGUCCGCAAACGAAAAUUCGGGGGUCAAACAUUCCGUUGAGCACGACAUUUAGGAAGACGCCGGGUGAUGGCAUCAUCUUGGGGCGCACCUCAGUCUUCAAUCAGUCCGCCGAUAUGGCGGUGUGGGCAGCCACCAACUUAUUAGCACCGGGUGCCUUCCUGCUGCCCUUCCCAUUGCUCUGCCAAAAAGAAUCAUGCGAAAAGCCAACGUUCAAGAUGAGCAUUCCAGAUACUCAUUCUGAGGAAAGUCCAGCACGUGUUUUGUGGGUGAUCACCGACGCACAUAGUCCCAUGACCGGUCAUGUUGUAGACAUGUCUUGUAUCAGUCGUCAUCAAGGACAGGGGCACAGAGACGCUCAAGGAUGCAACAUCGGAGCACAAAACCCGCCAAGAGGGAUGUCAAACAGGAGCAAAGAAUGCGAAAGGGUCGCUGCACUGGAGCACAAAACCGCUGAAGGCUGCCGCACUGGAGCAAAAAAUGUGAAAGGUGGCUGCACUGGAGCACAAAACCGCUGA